GCGAUCAGUGUUAGAUGGAGUAUCUGAGGAAGGGAUCGCUAGAGAGAUUAAAGAAAAGAAGAGAAAGGAGCCGCAACGACUGACAAAAAAGAGGAAAGCGGAGAUGGACAUAGGCGAUGAGAAUCUAACUAAGCCGGAGAAAAUGCGAGUGUUGGAAGUCCUUAAGUCCUGCGACAAAGCUAUAGCAUUCAGUGAUGCGGAGAGAGGAAGGAUUGAUCAUAGGUAUGCUAAGCCUGCAAGGAUUUACACGAUUCCGCAUACACCAUGGAAUGACGCAGGGUGGAAGUUUGCUCAGAAAGAGAAAGAAGAGGUGAUCUCCUUUCUCAAAGAGAAGAUGGCAUCACACGUAGCUGAACCAUGUGAUAGCACGUAUGCGAAUAAAUGGUUCUUCUUAAGGAAGCGUAAUGGAAAGAUUCGGUGGAUUCAAGACCUUCAGAAGGUCAAUGCGGUGACAAUUCGAGAUGUAGGCUGCGUACCGCAUGCUGAUCUAUUAGCAGAAGGAGCGGCAGGCAGAUCCAUUUAUUCUGUCUGCGAUGUAUUUUCAGGAUAUGACGAGAUACCACUAGAUCCGAGAGAUAGGCAUCUCACAACCAUGCACACACCGCUCGGAUUAGUGCAUAUGAUGGUCGUUCCGAUGGGAUGGACCAAUGGGGUAGCUGUCUUUCGGAGAGCCAUCGUAGCGGUUCAGAAAGACUUUAUCCCUGAUAAAGUAAAAGUUUUCCUGGACGACUUUCCGAUAAAAGGACCGGUGUUAAAAGAUGAGACGGAAGUCGCUCCUGGUGUCAAGAGGUUCGUAGAGCAACACCUGACGGACAUUUACGCAGUUMUGGAAAAGCUAGAURAAGCUAACCUAACRGUUAGCGGGACAAAGAGYCGAUGGGCCRUGUUGACGAUUAAGAUCCUARGGUUUAUAUGCGACGCUAAAGGCCGACACCCCGACCYUGGGAAGCUGGAGAAGUUGUUGAAUUGRCCGACUCCUUUGCACAGUGCAACUGAAGUUCGCCAGUUUUUAGGCGUUGUUGGUUAUUGGCGGAUCUUUAUACGGGGAUAUGCGGAAAAGGCAGAGCCUCUACGCACACUUCUUAGGAAGACCGAGAGGUUCUACUGGGAUUCUUCUCAUGAGCUUGCAAUGCAAUCUCUCAAGGAAGAAUUUAAAGAAGGCGGCUGGAUUGUAGGUUUGUCAUUCUUUGAGGACGAGACGGACAGACCGUUCAUAGUGUCUACGGAUGUUGGGCCGUGUUCGGUUGGGGGAUUGCUUUCUCAGAAGGAUGCUGAAGGGAAAGAAAGACCAUUGAGGUUCGAGAGCCGAACACUCAACACUGUUGAACGCAACUACAGUCAGUUUAAGAAGGAAGUGUUAGUUGUUCUACGGGGCAAGAACGUUGUGGCCGACGGACUUUCACAGAUCCCAAUUGAGGCGGAACGACCAAUAGCGGUUGCUGCACUAACUUUGGCUGGGCCUAGACGAACGGAUCGCUUCCUAGUCAAUCUUUAUGAAGGUAAGUACCGCACUAUAGGACUGCAUCUGUCAGGAGAGGAAAACACUGAUUCGGACAUCCGGAGACAGGCGGCACAAAACUGCCUUAGAGCUGGGCAUUUGUUUCAUCGACCUGUGGGAGCAGGGAUGCCUCUUCGGGUGAUUUGUGACCCAGAGGAGAAGCAGUCCAUAGUAGCUGAGUUACAUGACGGUGUAGCCGGAGGACAUAGAGGAGUAAAAGGUACAUAUGAGAAAGUUCGCAGACUAUAUUGGUGGGAAGGACAGUACAAGGAUAUCGAGAAGUACUGCGAGACGUGUAAGGAUUGUCAAAAGAGAUCACUUGUCAGAUAUAAAGAGCCACUUCACCCUUCCUAUCCGACUAGACCAGGAGAGAAAGUGCAUAUUGAUCUGGUGAAAAUGCCGAAGGGUGUGGCGAACAUGAACUUAGUGAACAUCAGGGAUGAUUUCACUGGCUUUGUCGAUGGUAAGCCUAUUAGGACGAAGGCCGCAAGAGAAGUCAAGAACUUCGUUCUGGAGUACUUGUCUAGGUACGGGUGUGUCAGUAAGAUUGUGAUAAAUAGAGGAGCGGAGUUCCUAGCAGAUGAGGUACAAAGUGUAUUUAAGAAAGCAGGUGCUAGAGUGUCUAUAGCUACUGCCUAUCAUCCUCAGUCCAACGCGCUUGUAGAGCGGGGCCACCAGUCAUUGAUAGCAUCACUUUCCAAGUGGUGUAGAGGAAAGGAUAGGGACUGGCCGAAGUAUUUCCUAUAUGCGAUAUGGGCAGAUAACGUUACGCUGCGGGCCAGCACUGGGUACCCACCUUACACGCUUUGGUUUGGGAGGCACUGUCCUCUGCCUAUAGAAUUCCACGUCGAUAGUUGGACUAUGGUUGAUUGGGCGGAUAGCAUGACACGAGAAGAGCUGUUAGCCGCUAGGACUAGACAGAUAGCAUACGGAUUGGAGGAUAACCUCAUGACUGCGGCCAAUCGACUGGCAGUAGAAAGAGAAAAGAACAAAGUGAGAUGGGAGAAAGACGUCAAAAUCAAAAAGGAAAAGAUUAAAGUCGGCGAUAUGGUGCUCCUCUUAGGCGCCGCCCUAGAGAGGACAUGAACUGGAAAACUGGCUAACAGAUGGAUGGGGCCCUACCGUGUAGUCGGUGCGUUAUCUUGGGGAGCAUAUAUGAUUGCCGAGCUGGAUGGAUCGAAGUGGAAGGAUCCUGUGGCUGGAGCUAGACUGAAGUUGUUUAAGCCAAGGGAGGUUCCUACUCCUGCACUGAAGCGAUCAGAUCCUACUGGAAAAGGGAAAGCUAAAGUGGCAGAUGAGGGACCGUCGAGACGAUUCAAGGAAGGUGAGAGCUCAAGGAAGAGGAAGAGAGUAGAAACCAGGAAAGUGAAGGGCCUAACACUGGGUAAGAAGAGGAAAUGGGUUUUUGUCCUAUAAAGGCGUAAGAGAAGA